UUUAGGACCAAUAGCUUAAAUCCGUAGUCAAUAAAAUUUAGCUCAUUAGAAUUCCAUGCUCCUUCCAUCACGGUGUGACAAACCAUAUGACAAAGUCAAGCUCCUGCAAAGACUUGCACUGAAUACUUUUCCUCUUCAUCUGGAAUCCUGAGGCUAAGGAAUCUAGGAGAGGAAGAUGGAGAACUCAUCAACAGUGAUGGAAGGGAGAAUAGGAUUCUUUGAGAUAAUCAAAGAAUCAUUGAAAAUCCCCUUCAAAAAUCCCAACUUCAUUUUGUUCAUCUUCCUCACUUCCCUCCCUCUCUUUUGCUUCCUGGUUUUCUUUGAAAUUAUCCUUCAGCAUAUACUGAUUGAAGCGGGAAAAGUUUUACAAGGAACAGCUGAUCCUUUUGGAAUAUUUGGUGUUGAGCACGAAAGACUAAUGGACCUUGGAAACUUGUUAGCGAAAGUUUCUCCUAUGGUCCUUCUACUGGGUUUCUUACAUCUGGGAACUAUCCAUUUCCUGGACCUCUUCAACACAAUUGCAACUGUGGAUGUGGCAUCAAUAAUCUAUGUAGGAGAAAAGUCCAUCAGUCUCAAGGACAUGUUGUGCAGACCUGUAAAGGAAACAAGGUUCAAAGGGCCUCUAAUUACAUCUAUCUGCUCUCUGUCCUUAGCUUUUCUUAUUUUACUUGGACUGCUUUCUUUCGCAACAUAUAUGUACAUCACAUCAGCAGAUGUUUUGUUCAUGCUGCUAUUUAUGGUGCUCUCUAUAGCUCUAUUAGCAAAGUACUUAGAGUGGAGUGCCAUUUGGAACAUGGGGAUUGUGAUUUCAGUCCUGGAAGAGAAACAAGGGGAUGUAGCAUUGUUGGUCUCAUCAUACCUUAGCAGAUUUAACAGAACAUGUGGAUUUUUCUUAAUGCUUGGGUUCUUUGCUUGGAGGCUUGGCCUACGAUUUUCUUUCCUCUAUGAAGGAUGGAACAAUGGAGGAAGUAGCCUUGUGGUAACAGCAAUCCAUAUCAGCCUUGUUUGCUUGGCAAACUUGUUGAAGUGGGUAGCCAUCAUGGUCUACUUCUAUGAUUGUAAGAAGCAAAAUUCCUAUCAGAAUACCGAUGUGGAGGAGGCAAAAUCCAGGAAUGACUUGCAGGGAGGGCCUAUCUAAUAAUUUCUCAUGUAUAAGUUUUGGCAUUUUUAUAUAUACAUAAUUGACAUGUUUUUACAUGGAAUUAUUAUUAGAAAAGCUUGAUCAAGAAAUUUGAUAUUCUAGUUCAUACUCUUAUUGAUCUAUGUUUGUAAUAUUCCCAAAUUGAGCAAAAACGAAUCUAUAAUUGUCAAUA